ACGUUGCGGUUUGCGGCACAUGUGAAAUUCACUUUUUGGCUCGGCGUCUUGGCGUCUUCGUUUCUAUUUCUUUGUUAUAAUUUGCCUGCGGGUUUGAAACUCUCUUGAUUUUGAAUUAAUUGUUGUGCACGAAAAACAAUAGAGCCGGGCCAAAUGGAUGAUAAUACGGAGAACAACGAUGGAAAGCGCGUGACCCGGGCACGAACUCGUCGCUUGUCCCUUCUGGAAACGGACAGUCGUCCGAGCACUCCACAGUUGCUGGAUACGGCGGCGGAACGCGGUACCGCGUCGCCACGUGCCACACGCCGCACACGCCUGAACUCGUCCACUUUAGAUGUGCGGACACCGACGCGAACCAGGCGCGCCUCCUUGGCACGCGGAGAGACUCCCGAGCCGACUACGCCCUCGUCGGUGAAGAGGACAGCUCGCACGCCAGCCAAGAACACCAGAUCUGUGCGCCAACAGCUCACACUCACAGAGGAACCGGAGGAGAAUGAGGUCAAGCAGGAAAUGCCCAGUCCCAGUCCAAGUCCCGUGCCCAAGGAGAGCAAGGGAAAGGCGCAACGAAAGCCCAGUGCCAGUCCUAGUCCAAGGCGAACAGCCACACCCACUCAGCUGAGUGAUGAGAAACGGGUGACACGUUCCAUGUCCCAGACUCCACCGAUGGCCACUCGUUCGUCCAGUAAUACGCCUCGUGAUCUUAACCAUUCCCCCAAAGUUGAGCAGAAAGCACCAGACGCCGAGUCUGCGAAGUCUAAGAUCAGUAAUAAAGGCACUCCUAAAGUGGCCGUCAGGCUAGAGAAACUUCCGAUGGACAAAGUCGGUGGCAAGAAGGUGGAAAUGGCGAAGCAAUUGAUUCUACCCGAUGAACACAAGGAUAAUGAAGCUGUUGAGGAGCAAAAUAAAUCUGUAAUUGCGUCCCCUACACAGGCACCAGAAACACACCAAUCCACACAACCGGCCAACGAUACUGGCAAACAAUCAUUCCUGAAGACAUUUACCACACUUUCGAAAAUUCAAGGUUUAAGUAAAGCUCUUCACACUGAUGAUAGCGCAGACACAACUACAAAAAGCACCCCAACAGCAACUCCCAAGAAAAUUGAAGAAAAUAUGGAUGAUGUAUUUGAAACUGAUCAAAAGGCUCCACGCGUCGAGUCCCCAAAAGUUGAAAGAAAAAUCGAGACUCCCCAGGAAGCUCAUCCUGCUGCCACACCUGAAAUUAAAGAAAACGACGAACCCAUUGGGAUAGACAAUGAAAAUGAAACGAAAACCCAAUCUCCCCAGAAGAUUGAACCUCCUAAAAUUGAAAGUAAAGUAGAAACUCAGCAGUUGAUAGAUGCGCCUCAAAUGGAAAAGAAAUCCGCUACUCCCAAAAGGGUUUCUACUGUGGAAUUGGUAGACACAAGCCCAGAAAAGGAUGAGUCCCUGGAGUUUAUGGAUGCAGAAGAUUCGCUCGUUGAGGUAGAACCGCAAAACGAUAAGCCAGUAGAGGAACCAGAACAACAGGAGUUUUUAGACCUGGACGACGAUGCGCCGGUAUUUCCUUCGGAAACUCCAACAGAUAAAGAAAAUGUCAAAGACAGUGAGGAAGCACCCCAAGAUGAUUCAAUGGACGGGGAGAAGCAAAGCCACAUCAAUAUUACCGAGGUAGUUUAUCUGCCAGACCUAACACCCGGCAUAAAAUCUCGUGUUGUGGGUUCGCCUGCUGUGGAACAGAAAAAAACGGUGGGCUUCAACAACGACACCGAUGACAUAGAGGUAGAAAAGACACGGUUUCCCAAGACUCCAGGCCGUGAGAAGGUGCCAGUUUGCCGCAUUCUAACUCCCAAGCCGGAGACGCCCUUAAAACUGGCCCUACAAAAGGGUCGAAAUAGUUCCACACCUAUAUUAAAAGAUCAGGAGCGCGGUCUGUCCAUCAGCAAGGUGGAAUUGCAUCCAGCACCUGCCCAAAUUGAUGCUAUCAAGUCAUUCGAUGAGCUGGAAUCAAAGAAUGUUGAGGAUGAGAUGGUGGAACAAUCCCACAUGUCACAGCAAAAGUCUGAGAAUAAAAUCCUUGCCCGGCUAGAAAGCUCUGAGGAAGAAGUUACAUAUGAAGAUGACGAAGGAGAAGGGGAAAACGAGGAGGAGCACGAAGAAGAUAAACCCACUUCCGAAUUCGUGGACCUUGAAGCCGAAGAUGCUGGGGAAGAUUACGAGUCUGGAGAUUCAAUGGACAGUUCGACGCGCCGGGAGAUGGAGGAGAAUGAAAUUCCAAUCGAUGGGGAGUCCGUUGGCAGUAAAGAUACUGAGGAGUCUGCCCCAGAAGAAUCCGAGGGCGACGAUUCCUUUAUCGUCUCUGACAAUGAAGAGGAGGAGGAUUUAGGCCAACUUUGCUACUCCUCCGACGAGGAUGAACUUGAAGAAGCGGAAAUACCAGAGAAGUCUAGUGGUAAACGUCGCCGCAUUGUUUUGGCGAGCUCCAGUGAGGAAGAACAUUCUCGGGAAGAUCACGACACUGACUCCAGCAAGAACAAAACAGAGAAGCCCAAAAACCAAAGCAACUGCUCAUCCAAUGCCAGUAAAUUGAGCGAAGCUGCCCAACUGUUGAACGCCAGCGAGGAGAAGUCUUCCAUCUCGGAAACCGAGCUGGAAAGAUCUCGCCAAGUCGCUCUCAGCGAACUGAAUAAAUCGGAAAGAUUUAACAAGACGGAAACGCGACUAGAUAUCAGUGUCAUGGAGGUGGACUCUUCGGAUCACGACGAGCAGGAGAGUGCGCAGAAGGGUGGAGCCAAGAGCAACAGGAGCCUGUACGAAAUAGUGGAUUCCGAUGAAGGGGAAGAGCAAGAACACGACGAAACUGAUCCAGCUGAAAACAGAAACCCUCCCGAAAUAAAAAAAUCCACAUCUUUCAUGGCCCAAAAACCUGUUGCCAAGGGCAACAAAAGCGUAUACGAAAUAAUGGAUUCCGAUGAAGGGGAUGAGCCCAAGGAGGCCGAUGAAAACGAGCAGUCUGAUGAGGAUAAACAAGCCAAAAACGAGGAGUCUGAUAAAGAUGAACCAGCUGAAAGCGAAAGCCCUCCCACAAUCAAAAAAUCCACCAUUUCCAUUGCGGAUGAGGAAGCACUGCUCGCCGAAUUGGCCUCUAGUGAUCUGAGACAUUUGGAAAAAAUGUUUAAUCCUCUCCAGAAAUCACGCCGCCAGUCCUUGUAUGUGCCCAGUCCCGAGCUGGCAGCCAAGGAGCCAAAACUGAGACGACGUAGUGAACGUGUUCAUGCUGCCAGUGACUUCUGCCCCUCGCAGUCCUUUGUUGAUAUGGUGGCCGAGAAAAAGAGGCAGAAAAACAAGCGCAAACGCUUGUCUAAAAGCCUAUCAGGCGCUCCAGAGGAUCUGGAGGAAAUGGAGGUCCAGCACGAGCGCAAGCGCCUCAAGAGCUCACAUGGUGCGUCGACGGAUUCAUUGGAGGAGGACAACGAGAACGAAAUAAUGGCAGUCGCAGAGGAAGAUCACAGCGACAGGGAAAUCUCGGAAGGUGAAGUUCCUAAUAAAGAAACCGCAGAUUCUUCACAUGAGAAACCAACUGCAGAGGAAUCUCCUACAAAAGAAGAAACUGUCGCCAUAGACGAGCUUCCCCUGGAGGAGCCGAAAACUUCUUGCGAACCACAGACAUCCGAGGAAAAUCCGAAAGUAGUGAUAACUUCUAAGCCGAAGGGAGUGGCGCCGGCCAAGAUGGAAAAGACUGCCGAAUAUUACUUGGCAUACUGUCACAACAUCCUGGAAGCUGCCAACGAGGCUAAGUUAAAGGAAAAGAAAGAGCAUCUCGCCAGCGGAGCGAAGCAAAAGAAACCAAAACGACUGGCUGCGCAAGCGCCUUCCAAGCCCCUGGUCACCAUGGCCUCAGAAUCGGAAACCAUUAGUACGAGAUUGUCCAAGCAGCCACCGCCGCUGAAGAAGGAUGUAAAGCGCCUACAGGCAGCACGCCAGGCUGUGAGUCAUGCUGUGAAUCUACUGGCGCCACCAAAAGCCACCGACGCAGAGCCUCGCACACUUUCACGGAAACUGUCGCCGCAGCCGCCAGUGGUGGACAAGAAAUCAGCCAAACAGAAGAAGAAGGAGAAGAAGCAAAAGCCCCAGGAGGCAUCGCCGUUGAAGAGUUCCGAUGAGGAAAACCACGGCCAUCGUAUCCGAACGAAUGCCGGCUACGUGACGGUGGUCGAUGAGCCGCCCAAGAAAGUACCCAAAAUCGAGCUGAUUAAGACCAGUUCGGGCAUGGUGCGAGUCGAGCCGUGCACACCAAAGCAGAAAUACUUCCGCGAGCUGCCGCCUACACCGAAAAUGCAUGGGUUCCGCGAGGAGCCCGGAACCUCCGGGCUGUCAAGGAAGCGGGCCAAGCACCAAGCACCCAAGAUCGAACACAAUUCCGCCAAACAGGCGGCGCUGCGCUUUAAGGAGCAGAUAUUCGCGCGCAGGUCCUAGGAUAGAUUAUAUUUAGAGAGAAAUUAGUGGAAAUGUCGUGUACACAAUUGCAUACUUUAGUUUUUGUUUCUUUUCAUUAACAUUUCCCAAAUUGAAUUUGAUUAUAUUAUUUGUUCUUUGAAAUAUUUGUUACGAAAUCCCUUGCUCCUUGCCAUUUAUUAUCAUUUUGUUUAAUUGCACAUCACUUAACCACAAUCACCAUACACAUACCUGAGAAAUAAAUUUAUGUUUGUUGAAUUCUAA